GUGCCCCAACCCCCUGAAUAAUCUCUCCGUCCGUUGACUCUUUUUUGGGUUCUGUUCCUCUGUAAUUACGUAAUUACGUGCGUUUUAGUCCUAAUUAAUGACAUAAUUUUUUUUAUUUUUUUUGGGUCCACUCCUUUUCUUUUUUUUUUUCUUUCUUGUUUUUCUCCUCUAUAAAAACCCAACCCCCGUCGUCUCCGAUAGAAGCCUCAUCCAAUCUCUCUCUCUCUCUCUCUCCGUUUCUUCAAAUCUCCUCUUUUGUUCCAAUAUAGUCAUAGCCAUGUCGCAGACUGUUGUUCUCAAGGUUGGCAUGUCAUGUGAAGGCUGUGCCGGUGCUGUCAGGCGGGUUUUGGGCAAAAUGGAUGGAGUGGAGUCCUACGACAUUGAUAUGAAGGAGCAGAAAGUCACCGUGGUUGGCAACGUGCAGCCCGACGCAGUUCUCCAGACGGUUUCCAAGACCGGGAAGAAAACUGCCUUCUGGGAAGUUGAAGCCCCACCAGCUGAACCUGAAAAUAAGACUGCUGAGACUGUUGCAGUAGCUUAAUAAUAUUCUCAUCUUUAUGGCUUUAUGUUAAAUAUGGGUCAAUAAGUUUGGUUGCUAAACCUGUAGUUCGAGUAAUUCUGUAAUGCCUGAUAUGGAAUGUGGAGUGUCUAUUCAAGCUUACCCUGAAUACAGCAAAAAAGAAGCUGCUUUACACUGAAUGUAAGCUGCACGUGUGUUCCUACGUUCCCUUCUUUUAUUUGAUGUUUUGUACUAGUUAAACGCUUGCAAUUAUGAAUUAUGGUUUCUUGUUCU